UCCUCUGCCCUCAAAUCAAACCCCUCCUACCUGAAACAGCUGGAUCUGAGCUACAAUCACCCAGGAGACUCAGGUGUCAGAGAGCUCACAGACAGACUGGAUGAUCCCAACUGUAAACUAGAGACUUUCAGGUACGACCAUGGAGGAGAGUGCAGGAUUAAACCAGGACCAAGAAAAUAUGCCUGUGAGCUCACACUGGACCCAAACACAGCACACAAAAAACUCUCUCUCUCUGAGGGGAACAGAAAGGUGACACGUGUGAGUGAGAGGCAGCCGUAUCCUGACCACCCAGAGAGAUUUGACAGCUGUGUUCAGGUGCUGUGUAGAGAGGGUCUGACUGGACGCUGCUACUGGGAGGCUGAGUGGAGUGGUGAUACGGCUGAUAUAGCAGUGGCCUAUAAAAGCAUCCAGAGGAAAGGAGAUAGUGAUGACUGUGCGUUUGGAUGGAAUGCCAAGUCCUGGAGACUGCUCUGCUCUAGUGACAGUUACUCUGCCAGGCACAAUAAUAAGAGGACUGCCAUACCUGCCCCCUCCUCCCGCUCCAGCAGAGUAGGAGUGUACCUGGACUGGCCAGCAGGCACUCUGUCCUUCUACAGCGUCUCCUCUAACACACUCACCCACCUGCACACGUUCCACUCCACAUUCACUGAGCCCCUCUAUCCUGGGUUUAGUGUUUGGCCUGAUUCCCCAGUGUCCCUGUGCCAGAUCACAUGACCUCCUGAUCCUGCAGGAGAGGAGAGCCACACACUCCUGUUCAUACACUCCUGUGUGUAUGUGUUCCUUCUUGUGUGUAUGUGGUGUGAGAGUGGAUGGGAUUUUUAAGGGCUGGGAGUGUUAAUCCACUUUAGUAAUAAUGGAGUAUGUUGCUGCAGACUUUUCAGAUGCUGUUGAAUUUCGUACAUAUUCGCACACAUUUUUUCGCACACAUUUUUUUUUUAUCCUUGUACAUUAUGCUUUCUGAAGAUUAAACAAAUGAAGAUGGAGUGAGAGU